UGCUCCCAGAUAAAUGCAGAUAUAAUUGAUCAUAAUUGGUCUAUAGGUUAAUUGGUUUACCCCCAAUAUUACCUUCAUUCUGCUUUGUGCUCUUCGUGCUAAAUAAAGUUACAGGAAGUUUACUUCUGCUGUGCCCAGAACCAAAAUUCCUCCGGAACUGCGUUCUGAAAGAGAUCCGUUUCAAAUGAAAAUUGGUUCAGCCUGGUGCGCACGCUCUCAAGCCAUUUCACCGGCGCGCGCUCUGGUGCAGAAAAACGUGCCCGUGAAUCAAAUAUGAAGAUUUCAUAAGGGAAAUAUGAUGAUUGAGGAUGGUUAAACAAAGUGGAUUGGCGCAGGGAGGUGAUCCAGACCACGAGGGGCGAAAUAUGAAUAAUGCAGGCAGGCAGGGGGAAGCAGACUUUUUUUUCCCUCCCUUGGGGUGGUCAGCGCGCUUAAAUGUCAGUUUAAUCUGGAAGUUGAGGUCGGGUUUGCGCAGAUUUUUUUUUUUUCUUUUUGCGUUUUUGGCACUGGCUUCUCAUCCUGGAAUUGGAACAUUUGGAGACAGAUGCUGCGCUGUCUCAGUGCGGUGCGCUCUGGCGCAGCUGGCAAACGCGCAAUCCCCUCUCGGUGUUGAGGCAGCGCGAUCAGGCAGCUUUUUAGGAAAGGUUCGAGGGCGCUGACGCACCUGUUGAUCUGUCUCCUCGUGAAGAUGCGCCUUUUCCACGCCUGCCUGUUGCGGAUGUAAAAAGGCGCCUGACUUCUCCACCAUGUCGGAGGAACACUCAGAUUUGAACUCCACCGGCUACUAUUUUGACAGUUCCUCCACGAGGGUGCAGAGCAGCCUGGUGUUCUCCGGACCCAUGUUCGUCCUCCUGAUGGUGAUGAUGGUGACUUUGGUUGUUGUCAUAGUUCUGGGGAAUGCGCUGGUCAUUUGGGCUUUCAAGGUGGACAAGAGUUUGAGGAGACAAUGCAAUUAUUACUUUUUGAAUUUGGCCAUCUCAGAUUUUCUUGUGGGUGCAUUUUGCAUCCCGGUCUACAUCCCCUACAUCCUCACAGGCAGGUGGACGCUGGGUCGAGGGCUCUGCAAACUCUGGCUGGUCGUGGACUACCUGCUUUGUUCAGCAUCCGUCUUCAGCAUCGUCCUCAUCAGCUACGAUCGCUUCCUCUCAGUCACCAGAGCGGUGAGUUAUCGUGCCAGGCAGAGCAUGACUCAUGAAGCCAUAAUCAAGAUGAUUGCCGUCUGGGUGCUCGCCUUUGUCCUGUACGGCCCAGCGAUCAUUUUUUGGGAGCUGGUGGUGGGCAAAAGCCGCGUGCCAAAGGAUGAGUGCUUUGCAGAGUUCUAUUACUCCUGGUACUUCCUGCUGAGUGCUUCUAUGCUGGAGUUUUUCUCUCCUUUCAUCUCCGUGGCUUUCUUCAACCUCAGCAUUUACCUCAGCAUACGCAGGAGGAGACAGCACCACAGGGAGGCCCAGCUUCAGCUUCAAGCCAGCGAACCCGCCUCUGCCCACGGGGAAAGCAACCCCCUCUCCCAGAACUGGGGGUUCGGGAUAAAACUGCCUUUAAGAGGCUCCUUCCACUCCCAGACCUCCUCGCCGUGUUUGGGUAAACCGGAUCCCUCGCCCAGCAGGGUCGCUCAUCCCAGCCGUCUGUCCAGGGAUAAGAAAAUUGCUAAGUCUCUGGCGAUCAUCGUUUGUGUGUUCGCCAUCUGCUGGGCACCGUACACCCUACUGAUGAUCAUCCGUGCCGCCUGCAGAGGGCGAUGCAUCCAGCAUCACUGGUAUGAGGUCACCUUCUGGCUCCUGUGGCUCAACUCCGCCAUUAACCCCUUCCUGUACCCCUUGUGUCACAGUAGCUUUCGGAGGGCCUUUAGCAAGAUCCUCUGCCCAAACCGGCACACGACGCCGCCGUCGUCUGUGCUCCGCUCGGGCCAGUGACGGCAGAGACCUGCGGAUGGACGGUUAGGGUAAAAAAAAGUCAAAAGAAAGCAUUCGUCUUGUAGAUCGGGGGUGUCAAACUCAAUCACACAAGGGGACAAAACAAAACGCACCUUAGGUUACAGGCCGAAACAUUUAUUAAACAAACUAAAACUACAUUUUUAAAACUUUAAAAAUGUAAUUUUUUAACAUUAAUAUAAAUAAAAACAAGCACGUAUUGUAAAUCAUAGCUAAUAGUCUUUAGUGACUAAUAAUUUAAGUUAUCAAUCCAAAAUAUUUUGAAAAUUACAUUUUUACAUCGUAAGAGAAAAAAUAUGUAAAUUUGUUUGCUGUAUAUUUACUGUAGCGGUAUAAACUGUAUUAUAGUUUAUGUGUAUAUUUAAUGGAAGCGAUGCCAUCUUUCAUUCUAAUAAUUAAAGUUUUUUGUUCUGUCAGAAUGAGGAAGUGCAGUCAAAUAAAAACACAAAGUGCCGUUACAUUUCAACUCAUGAAGGAUGAAAACAUUUUUCUGUUGACUGUUUAUUUAUAUGAUUGCAUCGUAACGCUCAGUAAAGUACGUUUCCUCAUCAAAUCCAUAAAAUUUGCUGAUUUAGUGUAAAAAAGUGAAUGAAAAAUAAGUGUUUGUUUAUGUCACAAUAAAGCACAACAUGUAAAAAUGGAUCAUUUUUGGAAUGUUGCCUGUUUACAAACAGAUGCAUUUACCCAUUUUCACCACUAGAUGUCACCAUUAACCUUUGUUUUUUGUGAUGCAUGGUUUUCAUUUGUCAAUUAUUCUGUAAAAUACUUAAUUUUUUGUUUUCUUUGUCUUCUUAUAUUAUUGAUUAACAAAUGCAGGUCAUUGAUGGUGCUCCUUUUACUGCUUUAUCUCACUUUUUUGCAUUCCGGUAUGUUUUACUGAGUGUUCAUUGUGCAAAAACACGAAGUAUGAGCAGAGGAACUAUGUAAAAUACUGAUUUGAAAGGACUUGUAUACAAACAAAAUGAAAUAUUUGUGUUUUACUGUCAACUGAGUGUUGUCCCUUCUUAGUGUUUUGUGUGUUCCGGAAAAAAAAA